AUGCAGUUAAAACACAAGCUCAGUGCUCUUCAAAUUGGAGCAUCUGUAACUGAGUAUGUCCUUUCAAUUAAGAGCACAAUUGAUGCAUUAGUCUCAGUAGGUGAAGCAAUAACUGAAAGUAAUAAUGUAAAUGCAAUCUUGCAUGGUUUAACCGCAGAGUAUUCUUCGGUCUACACCUCUGUGCUAGCAAGAUCUCAGUGCAUAACAGUUGCCGAAUUGGAAGCCCUACUGCUGGCUCAUGAGAGCAUGCUCACAAGGUUCAGGAAGCCAGAGGCAUUUGUUCAAGCUAAUAUUGCUCAAUUUGACAGAGAAGAUUUUAGAGGUGGACUUCGAGGACGAGGAGGACGCACGUUUAGAGGAGGCAGAGGCUACUUCAAUGGAGGUAGAUCUCUACAAGAUUCCUCAGUGCAAGAACAUACAAACUGUAGAUUUAGUGGCCAGACUGUAGGUGACAGAAGACAGUCUAAUAGAGGUGGUAGGAUGAACAAUAUAAGAGGUUAUCAGGCUAAGAAACCACAUUGUCAAGUGUGCAAUAAAAUAGGUCACACAGCUCGAACUUGCUGGUAUAAGUAUAGUGAAGACUUCUAUGAAGGUUACUAUGAAAAUGAAAAUGGAGGAUAUGGUGGAUACAGCAAAGCAAGCAAUCAACCCUAUGACAAUGAAGGGUACAACAGUGGAAACAAUCAGGUCCCUCAGCAAGUGUCUCAGCCUCGUGCCAACUUCUGUAAUGUUCUGGCAACACCUGCUACAGUUCAGGAUCCGAAUUGGUAUCCUAACUCAGGAGCUACGCAUCAUAUGACUCACACUGAGCAGAAUCUGUUAGAGAAGGAGGAGUAUUGUGGUGAUGAGCAAGUUAUAGUAGGCAAUGGAACAGUCUUCUUUGAAUUUCAUGAUGAUAGGUGCUGCAUAAAAACCAAAGACACUAAAGAGAUUGUUCUUCAAGGCAUUGUUCACAAAGGCCUUUAUAAGUUCACAACUGGUCAAAGCAAACCAAAAGCAUACACUUCUGCAUUAGGAAAUAAGGGUGAUAUCCUGAUUUGGCAUGCUAGAUUAGGCCACCCAAACUAUAGCAUUGUAUCACAAGUAUUAAAGACUUGUCAAAUUCCCUCUUCUAUAACCAAACUUAAAUACUCAGCUUGUUGUAUUAGAAAAUCCCACCAUUUACCUUUCUCUUCCUCUCAAACUGUGUAUAACCAUCCCUUGGAGUUUGUACAUUCUGAUAUUUGGGGGCCAGCACCCAUUUCAGACACUAAUGGACAUUGGUUUUCAUGUCCUCAUGUUCAUCAGCAGAAUGGAGCUGCUGAAAGGAAGCAUCGCCAUGUGGUUGAAAUGGGCCUUACUUUACUUGCAGGGACAUCCAUGCCUAUUAGAUUUUGGGGAGAAGCAUUUACUACUAUUUCCAAGCUCAUAAAUAUGCUUCCAACACCAGUGUUAGAGGGCAUGUCUCCUACUGAAAAACUGUUUGGAAAAACGCCUUCUUAUGACCAGCUUCGAGUCUUUGGAUGUUUAUGCUUCCCUCAUCAAAGAUCUUACAAUAAACACAAGCUAGAUUUUAGGUCCUCACCUUGCACAUUCAUUGGGUAUGGCACAUCUCACAAGGGAUACAAAUAUCUUACUCAGGAUGAGAAAGUUAUUAUCACCCCUCAUGUUGUAUUCUUUGAAGACAAGUUUCCUUUUCAACAAGCUACACAGCAGGUUCCUAGUAAAUCUGUAUCAGCUUCUGAAGAUGCCUUACCUCCCUCUAUUCCAACCAUUCCACUCAUCCCUAGGCCUUUGUCAAAUAUAGUUGAACCAAGGCAGUCUCGGUCUCAGCAGGUUAGCUUUAGCCAUUUAGUCUCAAGUCAGCAGGUCUCUCCCUCUCAAGACAGUUUGAACCACAACUCAGCCAAUUCUUCACCUUCAACUCUUCCUCAACCAUCAACCUCACCCCUCAUACCUCAGUUACCAAUAGCAGCUUCCUCUAUUCCCACUCCUAUCCCUAUCAAUGACAUUGAGAUACCAAUUUCAGAGGAUUCUGAACCUGUACCUGUUGUUGUUAAUUCUCACUCAAUGAUCACUAGAAGUAAGGCUAGAAUUUUUAAGCCAAAAGUCUUUUCUGCCAGUGUAAAGCCAAGAACUAUGAAGCAAGCUUUGAAUUCUCCAGAAUGGAGAGCUGCUAUGAAUCUGAAAUAUGAUGCACUAAUCAGGAACAACACGUGGGUAUAA